AUGGACAAUGUGUAUGAGCAUGCACUGGCGAUUGCAGCUUACUUGCUUCUACUUCUGGGUAUUGUGGUAAAUGGCCUGAUUAACAUUAGUAUUUCAACAAUUGAGAAGCGUUACGAGUUGAACAGUUCCCUCACUGGCUUAAUCUCUGCAAGCUAUGACAUUGCUUUUUGUAUACUGUCACUGUUUGUAUCUUUCUUUGGAGAAAGAGGGCACAAACCACGAUGGCUUGCUUUCUCAGCAUUUAUGCUAGGAUUGGGCUCACUUGUAUUUUCCUUACCACACUUCAGUAGUGGAAAAUACCACUAUGGAGCUAAACUUGAAGACACGUGUCAAAUUCCAGGAGCAAGCUCUGCUAACUUCACUUGCAGUGCCAGCAAAAAGUCUUCACUUCCCAACUAUCUAUAUGUCUUUAUCCUGGGACAGCUGCUGCUGGGAGUUGGAGGAACUCCACUAUAUACUUUGGGGACAGCUUUUAUUGAUGAUAGUGUCCCAAAACACAAGUCUUCCCUUUAUAUAGGAAUUGGCUAUGCCAUGUCACUUCUGGGUCCUGCUAUUGGCUAUGUCUUAGGAGGGCAGCUACUUAAUAUUUAUAUUGAUAUCCAGAUCCCAGAAAGCACAAAGAUGGAUCAAGAUGACCCACGUUGGCUUGGAGCAUGGUGGAUAGCAUUUCUUGCAUGCUUUUUUGCAAUUUGGCUUCUUAUAAUACCUUUUUCAUGCUUUCCAAAACACCUACCAGGAACAGCAAAAAUACAGGCCGAAAAAAUCUCUGAAGCUCAUAAUGAUGGAAGUGAGGUACUUGUUGAGAUGAAGAAUAUUGGAAAAAGUUUUAAAGACUUUCCCAUGGCUCUCCUGAUACUGUUAAAGAAUCCAGUGCUUAUGAGUCUAAUAAUAGCCAGUUCUUCAGAAGCUUUAGUUGCCACUGGCUUUGCCACAUUUCUACCAAAGUUUAUAGAAAAUCAGUUUGGAAAGACAUCAAGUUUUUCAGCAACUCUUGGAGGGCUUGUAUUAAUUCCAGCAGCAGCACUAGGCCAAAUCAUAAGUGGCAUCUUGGUUUCCAAGUGCAAAAUGGAUUGCAAAAGCAUAAUCAAGUUCAUGAUAGGCACUUGUUCAGUGGCCCUACUAUUAAACACAGUGUUUUUAUUUGCUAAAUGUGGGAAUGAACCUUUCGCAGGUGUCUCUGAAACAUAUAAUGGGUAA